AUGGAUUCUCCACUAUUUGGAAAGAGAUUACUCUAUGGAGGAUUUGAGAGGCCAAUCGAAUCUGAAAUAAUGUUUUAGAUAUUAAAUUUGAUACUGGUUAAAACUAAAAAAGUUGAAAAAGAGUUAGUCUUUUAGAUUAUGUUACAAAACUCUUUAAUAUAUUGA